UACCCCAACCAUUCAACAAAACACCUCCCCUCAAUUCACCUUUUAACUUCUCCUCUCUCUUCCAUUGCAUCCAGAAGACACAGCUCCGUUCCAGCAUUCAUUAAUGGCGGCUUCAUCAAGGCUACUAGUGUUCUCCUCUCUUCUCUGUAGCUUACUCUUCAUGGCUACCUCCUCUUCCGCCGACCUCAACCAAGACGUCGACAUCACUUGGGGCGACGGCCGCGCCAGGAUCCUCGACAACGGCCAGCUCCUCACUCUCUCGCUCGACAAAGCCUCUGGCUCCGGCUUCCAGUCCAAGAACCAGUAUCUCUUCGGCAACAUCCACAUGCAGCUCAAGCUUGUGCCCGGAAACUCUGCCGGCACCGUCACUGCCUACUAUCUGUCGUCGCAAGGAUCAACCCACGACGAGAUAGACUUCGAAUUCUUGGGAAAUUUGAGCGGAGACCCCUACAUUCUCCACACCAACGUGUUCAGCCAAGGCAAGGGAAACAGAGAGCAGCAAUUCUACUUGUGGUUCGACCCAACCGCCGAUUUCCGCACCUACUCCAUCCUAUGGAAUCCCCAGCGCAUCAUAUUCUCGGUGGACGGCACGCCCAUCAGAGAGUUCAAGAACGCAGAGUCAGUGGGCGUUGCGUACCCAAAGAACCAGCCGAUGAGGAUAUACUCCAGCCUCUGGAACGCCGAUGACUGGGCCACCAGGGGCGGGCUGGUGAAGACCGACUGGACCCAAGCUCCCUUCACGGCUUCCUACAGGAACUUCAAAGCGGAUGAUGCUUGCGUCUGGUCUUCUGGAGUAUCCUCGUGCAGCAGCUCCGGUGGUUCGACUAGUUCAUGGCUCUCCCAGGAGCUGGACUCCACAAGCCAGGAAAAGCUGAGAUGGGUGCAGAAGAACUACAUGAUAUACAAUUACUGCGCCGACGCCAAGAGGUUUCCUCAGGGCCUUCCUCCCGAAUGCAGCCUCUCCUAAAUGAACAAAAUCAAGCACAAUCUGCACAUCAUCGAUUCAUUUGGCAAUGCCUAAGUUUCUACAGCCAUGAUUUCUUGCGAUAAAAAUUCUUUCUGUAUCUAAAUCACACUUUGAAUUCUUUUAAUCUGUAUUACUGUGAUGCUCCCAUGAACUCUCCAAUCGUUCUGUGUGUAAGAAUUGUGCGUUAUACAAUAUGAUUUUUAUAUGUAAUAUAAAGAUUAUUUGAUAUUGACGUCAAAACCAGUGGCAUUGUCCUCAUGAAUAACUUGUCACCUGCCACAAGCAUGUUAAAUAAAUUAUUUAAUUUAACU